AUGUACCAGAAAUGCUUUGCUGUCACAAAUGCAUGCGAGGAAGAGUUCUAUCAGGCACUUGGCGAAAAGGACGCACAGAUCGCCGGCAUGCAAAUGGAAAUACAACGUCUCCACGCCAAUAGGGCCGAGGAUGCCGCCAAAAUCCAGCAGCAAGUGAUGGAGAAUGAGAGACUCUCUUCUGAAGCACGACGCCUGGAAAACGAACUGCAUGAGUUGCAUCAGCAGAUGAAUCUCAUGGCUGCCAACAUGCAAGCACAAAUCCAGCAGCAGGAGAAUCAGCUGGCCUCACAGCAUGCGAUUGGCGAGGUCGCUGCGGCGAAUGCUCUACUCUGGAGCAUGGUCAACAAUCCAGCGAGUGGACCGCAGGUGUGCUGA